GUCCGACGAGUCGCUUCGGCUGCGCUCCGCCGCCCCGGGCUGAGGACGGGGGAAGCGGCCGCCGCGGGGGGCUGAGGAGGCUCCCCCACGCCCGCCUCUGGCUCUGCUCGGCGGCUCCUCUCGCUCUCGGCACAAAGCCGCGCGGUGCGAAUCUCUCGCCUCCCAGAUGGCCAAUUCCCUCAACGGCCGGAACCCGCGCAAGGGACGGAUCCUGGGCUUCAUUGAUGCCAUUCAGGAUGCUGUGGGCCCCCCCAAGCAGGCAGCUGCCGACCGGAGGACUGUGGAGAAGACCUGGAAGCUUAUGGACAAAGUGGUAAGAUUGUGCCAAAACCCAAAGCUGCAGCUCAAAAACAGCCCACCUUACAUACUUGACAUUUUACCUGACACUUAUCAACAUUUGCGACUUAUACUGAGCAAAUACGAUGACAACCAGAAACUUGCACAACUCAGUGAGAACGAAUAUUUUAAAAUCUACAUUGACAGUCUCAUGAAAAAAUCGAAACGUGCUAUAAGACUCUUCAAAGAAGGAAAGGAAAGAAUGUAUGAGGAGCAGUCACAGGACAGGAGAAACCUAACAAAGCUGUCCCUCAUCUUCAGCCACAUGCUAGCAGAAAUCAAGGCUAUUUUUCCAAAUGGCCAAUUCCAGGGUGAUAACUUUCGUAUCACCAAAGCCGAUGCUGCAGAUUUCUGGCGAAAAUUCUUUGGAGACAAAACUAUAGUGCCAUGGAAAGUGUUCAGGCAGUGCCUUCAUGAAGUUCAUCAGAUAAGCUCUGGUUUGGAAGCAAUGGCUCUUAAAUCUACUAUUGACUUGACCUGCAAUGACUACAUUUCAAUUUUUGAAUUUGAUAUCUUCACUAGAUUAUUUCAGCCAUGGGGUUCAAUCUUAAGGAAUUGGAACUUCUUAGCUGUGACGCAUCCUGGAUAUAUGGCAUUCCUCACAUAUGAUGAAGUGAAAGCGAGGUUACAAAAAUACAGCACUAAGCCUGGGAGCUACAUUUUCAGACUGAGUUGUACUCGCUUGGGACAGUGGGCCAUUGGAUAUGUGACUGGCGAUGGGAACAUAUUGCAGACCAUACCUCACAAUAAGCCUUUGUUUCAAGCUUUGAUUGAUGGCAGCCGGGAAGGAUUCUAUCUGUUCCCAGAUGGACGAAGUUAUAAUCCUGAUUUGACAGGAUUAUGUGAACCCACACCGCACGAUCACAUAAAAGUCACACAGGAGCAGUAUGAAUUGUACUGUGAAAUGGGUUCCACUUUUCAGCUGUGUAAAAUCUGUGCAGAGAAUGACAAGGAUGUCAAGAUAGAGCCUUGUGGACACCUUAUGUGCACUUCUUGUCUUACAGCGUGGCAGGAAUCUGAUGGCCAAGGAUGUCCUUUCUGCCGCUGUGAAAUCAAAGGAACUGAACCAAUCAUUGUGGAUCCCUUUGAUCCAAGGGAUGAAAACUCCAGGUGCUGCAGUAUUAUUGAUAGCUUUAGUAUGCCCAUGUUGGACUUGGAUGAUGAUGAUGAUAGAGAAGAGUCUUUAAUGAUGAAUCGUUUGGCUUCAGUCCGAAAGUGCAAUGAGAGGCAGAAUUCACCAGUGACUUCCCCGGGAUCUUCCCCUCUUGCACAAAGAAGAAAACCACUUCCAGACCCGCUGCAAAUCCCACAUCUUAGUCUUCCACCUGUACCUCCUCGUCUGGAUCUUAUUCAGAAGGGAGUAGCACGGUCACCAUGUGCCAGCCCAACUGGAUCACCAAAGUCUUCUCCUUGUAUGGUGAGGAAACAAGACAAACCUUUGCCAGCACCACCACCUCCUUUGCGUGAUCCUCCCCCACCCCCACCGGAGAGACCCCCUCCAAUUCCGCCAGACAACAGGAUAAGCAGACACCUGCAUCAUCCGGAAAGCGUGCCUUCCAGAGACCAGCCAAUGCCCCUUGAAGGCUGGUGUCCCAGAGAUGUGUUUGGGACAAGUCAGUUGGUAGGGUGUCGAAUAGGGACCGAUGCUUCUCCCAAACCAGGACUGACUGCAAUUUCAAACAUAAAUGGAAGGCACAACCGCAUAAGUUCUGAUCCAGGAUUUAUGAGGAAACAUAGACGUCACGAGCUGCCUGCGGAAGGUGCCAAGGUCUUUUCAAAUGGUCAUCUGAUAAAUGAAGAAUAUGAUGUCCCUCCACGGCUUUCACCCCCUCUUCCAGCUGCCUCCAUCAUCCCUAGUAUAAAAUGCCCUGUUCCUUCAGUAAAUUCUCUGUCUGAUAAAUCAAGGGAUCACACAGAUGAUGAUGAUGAAUACAAAAUUCCAUCUUCACAUCCUGUAAUACUGAGCUCACAACCAUCUCAUGGUCAUAAUACAAAACCUCUUGCUCGGGUGUGUGAGAAUGGUCAAUGUGCUGGAGUAACGAAUGGAACACACAGUACUGCUUCUGAGAUGAAGAAAUCAAAACACCCAGAGUUAGGAGAUGUCUAUGAUGCACCUACUGUUCCGGUACCUUUGCCACCUGCACGACCUCCUACCAGAGACAACCCAAAACACAGCUCUUUGCUCAACAGGACACCCUCCGAUUAUGAUCUUCUGGUGCCCCCUUUAGGUGAAGAUGCGUUUGAUAACUCACCCCCUUCGCUACCACCACCACCACCACCUGCUCGGCACAGCAUGAUUGAGCAGACAAAACCUGCUGGCUCAGGAAGCCGACCUCCUUCAGGACAUGAACUGUUCCUUCAUUCUGAUCCCCAUUUUGAUCCAAUAACUGGUCAUGUUCCUUUGCCACCUGCUCGUAGAGUAACUGGAGAAAAUGUCAAAACAAAUAGGACAUCUCAAGACUAUGAUCAACUUCCUCCCUCUUCAGAUGGUUCACAAGCACCAGCCAGGCCCCCUAAACCACUUCCUCGGAGGACUGCACCAGAAAUACACCACAGGAAAGCAUACAGCUCUGACAGUUCCACAGAAAAUGUGGAUGCAAAAAUUGCGAAACUUAUGGGAGAGGGCUACUCCUUUGAAGAAGUCAAGAGGGCACUUGAAAUUGCCCAGAAUAAUGUUGACGUGGCCCGUAGUAUUUUAAGAGAGUUUGUCUGUUUUCCUCCACCGGUCUCCCCACGUCUCAAUCUAUAGCAGCGUCAAGAUUUUCUUGGAGCAUGUGAAUUCUACAUUAUACAAGUGUGGAUUGGGGAGUGAAAGAAAGAAGAGAAUGGAAUAUUUUUCUUUCAUCCUUAGUAGAAGGGUGUUUGUUUCCAGCCGUUUAUCAAAGGCUCAUGGCUGCUCUGAUCAAGACUCAUAAAUAUGCUGAGGCUUAUGUAUUUUUGCUAGCCAUACUUUUUUAAAUCAGGGUUGAACUGACAAAAUAAUUUAAAGAAGUUUACUUCCCUAGAACUUUUAAUCUGUGAAAUGCUUUUUCUUGUUUACAAGUUGGCAAGUUACAGUUUUCUAGUUGAUGCCUGUACUACGUUCCUGUUCGUAUUCCCUUGUACCUUGUGGUCAGUUCUGCUGUAGCAUUCCCAACAGUUUCCAUGCUGACCACCCCAUCAACUAAAUCAUCACUUUCCAGAAGUUCUGUGUUUGGUUUUUUUUUCUCUUACAAGAUGCUUUAAUUGUUUUUUUGCAUUUCAGCUCAUCAAAUGCAAAAAGUAUGUGGCCUUCACUACUGAUUUUUUUUUUCUUCUGAGAUUCCUUUGCUUUUGAGAGAGGAAAUAUCUGAAUGUAAAAUGCAUUAUUCUGUCUAUGAACUGCCUUUUUAAAGGUAUUUUGACAGUAAUGUUGGGCAGCUUUCUGUUUAACAUGAAUUCCAUGACCUGUAGUCCUCAAGGUCUUUUAUACACAGUUUCCACAAAAAAAUCCCAACCAACAAAUAAAACACUUCAUGCAGCAGUGAUACUGAGUUCUAACAUGUAAAAGCUCUUUCAAAUUUGAGUAUUUGAUUGCAAAUGUUCAAAAAGCCAAAUGCACGUGAUAAUACUGUGUUUUGAUUACACACUAAUGGCACCAGUUCUAUAUGACCUAUGUAAACUGAGGCAUACCAGACUAGAAGGAAUCUUUUUGAAUCAUAUUAAUGGUAUUCAGGUAAAUUCCAGUUCUAGCUUCUGUAAAGUAGAAUACAGUUAAUUUUUUGUUUGAGUGAUUAACCUGUGGUUCAUUGUGGCUUGGAUCAGUUUGUAUUAACAUGGAAACUUUAAAUCUUUGAUGCACUGUUAAUUCCUAAUGCUACUGUAGCAAUAUUUUUUGCAAAAUUCUUUAGUAACCUCCUCCUCUGUACACUUUAUUAUUCUCAAGUAUGUGUUUAAUACCCAAAUUCAUUCACUGUCUUUCUAGCUGCUUAGAUGGAAACACAUUUUUGCUUUACGUGGUUAGUGAUACUCCAGGCUUUGAUGUUUUAUUUUUGAGCCCAAAUUGAUGCAAGCCAAAUUAAAAAUCUUCCCAAUUUUAGAAAAGAGAGAGAGAGAAGACAACUCUGCUCUUACUACUCUGAAAGUUAAGAGUCCAAAUCUUUCCAGAAUAAUUUUUAAGAUUGCUGCUUUCUUGUUUUUUUAGGAAACUUUGAAAUCUUCUUUUAUUACUAUUGAAAAGAUAAAACCAUGUGGUUGGUAGAAUAUUUUUCACAUUUUGAGAUGUGACCAGUAUAUGAGAAUUUUCACAGUGUGCUAAGCUGGGUGUGAGGUAUAUAUUUAUUGUUCCCUUUCAGCUGUCAGUGUUCUCCUUCACUCGGAGCAAGUGGUGAAAGUUACAUCACUUACAGGAUCAGAUCUCAGCAGCCAAUGCAUUUGUUUUCAAGAUUUUUUUUUUUUUAAAGACAGCAAAUAGCUGAAUUGCAGGAUUCAAAAUAACUGGGAACACCCAGUGGAAAUUACUGUGAUAUCUCAAAGUCCAUCAUUUCAUCAAAGAACUUAUUCUUAAAACCAAUAAAUAAAUUAUUUUGUAGCAUCACAAAGCAUAGUAUGGAUAUCAUUAAUCUGCUUCAGUGAUAAAAGAUGAUCAGGAGAAUUCAGGGUAUAGGGAAGAGCUUCUGUUCCAUUUUGAUUUAAGCAAAUGAUUCUGAGUUUAUGUUCUAGAAAAGGGCAUUUGCAACUUUCUUUAAAUGUUCAUUCCUUGAGUAGAGCUUAUGAAAAGUUUUGGUUGAAGUUAUAUUCUGUGCUUUUUGUUCAAGUAAAUCUUUCCUCUGUUUGGGGGGAAAGUUUUGUGUAGUCUUGAGCCUUCUUGUUCAUUUGGUUUGUUUACAACAUCACUCUAGCAUUUUAGCUAACUAUAAAUUCAGAAUGAUUCAUGCUAUUAAAUUAAACAAUCUGGUUGUACUGGAAUUACUUAAAUGAGGUUCUAGCAUAACUGCCAGCAUAGCAAUGACAGCAGUGAAAAAAGAGCACUUCACAAGGAUGAGCAAACAAUCGGCAGAUUGAGUUUUGAAAUUUUGAAUUGUAAUGGAGAACUCAUUUUCUUAUUUUUAUGCAGCAGCUUAGUAUAAAUUACAGCCUUAUAUUUCAACUAGAGGCUGGAACUGCUGCCCAGUAGAUUACGUUUUUUAAAUUUUUCCUUCUCCUUUCUGGUUGUGACCACCAGUGACACUUACUUUUUUUCAUAUGUGUUAAAAAAAGCCUGAUGAGCAAUAUUCUGAGUGGUAACUUGAAAAGAGUUCCAUUAAUCUUUAAAUGAGUGUGCUAAUAACACUUCUAAAUAAUGGAAUGUGAAGACUAUUUCAGACCUGUUUUGGUUAAUAGUUUUAAAGUCAAACAGAGCGAAAUUGCUUUGCUAGAGUGUUGAUGUUUACUCUGCAGUAAUUAAUAGUCUUAAAAUAAAUUAAUCUGGUUACAGUCUAGCUCUCUAAAGACAUAGUUCUCUAAACAUAUUUUAACCUUUGUAAGACUUAAGGGUGUGAUCCUGGCAGUGUGUUAUGCACAUAUAUAACUUUAAGGAAGACUGACUUCAAGUGAGAGUGCUUGAAUGAACCAAAUUGGUUAAACUCAGAAACCUGUGCAAUCAUAUUUCUUCCAAUUAAAUGUCAUUGCAGGCUUUAGACCAUCAUUCUGAUGUCUGUUGGCCUCAACUUUUAUCUCCUUUGGGCUAAAUUACUGCAUUUUAAGCAAAUUGGCUGAAUCAGAAGUUGAACGAAGUUAAGUGGACAUCAGCAGCAUGGAUCUUUUCCAAAGACUAUGAGUAGAAAAAAAUUGAAAUUGUGAUAAAAUGAAUGAAUUUAAUAUGAUUAGCCAUGUUAAUGGCUUGGCUGGAACCCUAAAAUGGUGGCUGGUAAAAUUUCUUAUGUUCAGUAUCUCAAGAGUGCAUCUUGCACAGUUUUUUUCAUAAUGUGAAUUUAGGAAGUUUUGUACCAGGAUCAUUCUGUUAUAUUUCAUUUUCAGCUUGAAGCUUUACUUUGCACUGAUGCCUCUGUCCUGAAAGCAUUUAAAUUUAUGUCUUAAAGCUUGACAAAUUUUGAAGCAAAUGAACAACGUAUUCUAAGCGAAUUCAGGUACUACCUGUUUACCUGGAAUUUAGCGCUUUUAGGAGUGAAUUCUUGAAAAAGGACUUCAGUAGUUUCCAUUUUGAAGGAUUUUCUUUCAAAUAACUAUUUUAUCUGAAAUUGCCUUUUAUAAACUUGUCUAACAUGUGGCAAACUUAGUGAUGUGUUCAAUUAAUUUAUAUUUUAUUCAACAUUCUUUUUAAAUUUUGGUUAUUAUGUAAGCUCAAAUUCUUUAUCUGUUCAUGUAAGGUAUUUUAUAAAAUUAAUGUUAACAGAAUGUUUGGUUGGUCCGUGAUUUUUCAAGACUCUCAUUCUCUUAUACUGAAUAUUAUCACUUUUCAUAUGCUGCUUUAGAAACAUAGCCUAUCCUGUGUAGGUGUCUUAGAAACCAUUGUUUUGUAAGCCACAAAAAUGAGGCCUUGCUCUAAAAUAAGGUGAAUCAUUGCAUUGAGAUAUUUGCUUUAUAUCCCCAUACAUUACUUCAUUUCUAAAUUUCAGUAGUAAAAAUUUAUAAAUUGGCAGUAAUUUUGGAAUGUGCAUGUAACAGUUGUAUGGCAGAAAGAUGAUAAUCAUAAAAUAUUCAUAAUCCAAAGUGGUGAACAUAUAGUCCAACUGUACAUUAAUUUGCAGGAUUAUUUUCCUGAGGAAAAUUACAAUAAGCUCACACUGGUUUUUCUUUAACAUAGUGUGCAUUUACAUUCUCAAGCAUUGUACUCUUAAUGUAAAAAAUAUUUUAGGAGUGUAAAACAAUUUUUUUUCUGCUACUGUAUUACAGCAUUCUGAAAGAAGUUUAGAAAAUCUAACCCCUCUACUAUGCAUGACAAUACAACUAUUACUAUUUAAAGCCCAACACCAUUCCCUGCAGGUCAGAUUAGACCUACAAUGAUAAGAUUUUCAUUCUUCAGUCUGUGUUAAAUACUUGUCUGUUAUAUAGGUCACUAGUCAUAUUGCCAAGUAGGGAAGUUAACUGUUUGGUAUACUUGUCCAUAGUACUGUAGCUGCCUAUUUCUUUCAUUUUUACUCUUCUGAUGUGAAAGUCAGCUGUAACUUUAUUGCAUUAUAAUCAAAUUUUAGCAGCUGGGUGCUCUAGGAAUGUUUCAGGAAUUUUUGUUUCAUAGACCCAGUCAUUAAUUCUGUGCAAGAUACCUGCCUCCAUUUACCAGUUGCAAUGAGUCUCCAUGAGGAAAAUGAUAAAUUUAGUUUUUAAAACACUGUGUGUUACUUUGGCAUCUAAACAUUCCAUUUGUCCUUAGAGGAUUUCAUGUCUAGCAGGGAAAAUUCUUACUCAAAUUCUAAAUCCCAAAUCUCUUAAUCUUAAAUCACAAAAUAAUUCUUAAAUUUGUGAAAAUUAAUCCCAUAACCUUCCUGAACAUCGUAAGGAAUUUAAAGGCCUCAGAAUAAUAUAAACCAUUACAAAAUUCUUGCUUCCUAGACCUGCCAGAAACAAAAGCACAAACCCAUUGAAUACUGAUCUUUUGACUGUUAAGCUGCUUGCAUCUGUCUUGAUCUGUGAAGGAAUCAGCCAGUCUAACUACAAUAAUACUUGUUUGACAAAAGUCAGCUUUUUUUCAUUGCAGUAACUGCCACGGUAGCCAGCAAGAUGGGAGAGGAGCAGAGAACUGCAUAGAAGAUGAUAAUUCUGUCCUAACAGUCCAAGCUCCUCUCUCCUGUUGGCGUACAAGAUUUAGCUGUUUUGAGCUGCCCGGGUAUCUAGUGCAAAUGAAGGAGUAUUUGGUAAGAUUACUCCAGUCUUCAAUUACUGUCUCCUCCUCCGAGAAGUCCUUUGGAAGGCAUGCUGUUUUGGAACAGGAUGCCAGGGUCUUAACAGCAGAGGGAAGUGUGAAGUAGCACUCCCUUCGGAAUGGUUUUUUGAUGCUACCAAAACAACCAGAAGCUUCAUAAGGAUUUAAGUGGAAACACCUCUGUUUUAAAGCUCAUCAUCUGGGUGUUUGAAGGGUGUGUAUAUGUACAUGCUAGUCUGGUGAAGCAUGGAGGAGAGAGUAUUCCAACUGAUGCCAGCCUGCAGAGUUCAGAACUAGGCCAUGGUACUUGCCUCUGCAAAAUACCUGCUCAUUUUGGAUAGCUGAACUGAAUCUGCAGAAUAAUCAAGCUGCUAUAGUCAUCCAUGUUUUAAAAGGCAAGUUUUUUCUCCCUAGAUAGCUUGGAAGGUGCAUAUAUUUACUCCAAAAUAGCUAGCUUGCUUCUAUGCGUCUAUGUAAUGAUUAGGAUGUCAAAAAUAAUAAAUGUUCCCUAGUUUUCGUUAGAACACAAUGCAAUAAGUGCCCUAAGGAGAACUUGUCUUUUGUUAAUUUACUAAUUGAGUAUCACUGAAUUUCAAAUGCUGUACAAAGAUAAGUAAGUGUACAUCAUCAGCCAUUCAGAAAUACCUCAAGAUAGUGGCUGGUGUAGUUUUCUGAAGCUAUUAUCUUGCUUGAACAUGUGACUUUCAUGUGUUUCCUCUUGAAGUUUACAUCUUCGUUACUAAUUCAAUAUGGUUGAUAUAAAAUUCUUGGACCAUUAUUUCAAAGUUUUUAUGCUCUGUACUUUCACUAUGGCUGUUAUCAGUAGUACCUUCAUUAUCUAGGCUCAUACACUGCAAUUCAAAUUAUCCUGCUCUCACACAUUCCAGCUUCGGCAAAGUUCAGCCCUGCUUUUGUCCCACACCAGAUGCAUCACUUUGUUUACAUCCUCAUUGCUCCCUCUAAGACUGUUUUUCCUCUCUUUCUUCUACCCCAAAUCUCUUCACAGUGACAUCAACCAGAUGCAUCCUGCAUCUCGGUAACGACAGACGCUUGACAGUUUCCCGUCUCGGCUUUUGACCACAUCUGUGUUGUCUUCUGUAACCCUCAUAAGCAUUCUGCUAGUCUUGUCUGUCUCAAUCAUUAUACAGAUUUUCUGUGCCAUAUCUGAAUGGCUCCUGUGAGCACAGUCAUCCAAAAUGGAUUCAGAAUUCUGUGAGAAAGCCUGUUUUCUUUGUUAGUAUCACUGGCAUUUUUUCCUGCUCCCUUCUCGGCCUGGAAAUAUGCUCUUGUGUUUCACAAUUUGUUUGUCGGGGAUAGAGCUGAAAUGCACUGCUUAUUUCAGCAGAUCCCUAUUCCGUUUGAGAUGUGAAAAGAAACCAAUAAAGAUAUCCUCUCCUAAUAACA